AUGAGUGCUCUCUUUGCCCUUGAUCUUAUAUCGAUACAGCUAUUCAGAUACAUUCCAAACUUGCCAUAUCAUGUUAUGACAGGUCUUGUAAUUGUUUGUCCUACGAUUGGUUAUAUAGAUCAGUUCAAAACUUUAAUUCAAACGAAAAAUUCUCGUGUUUUCAAUCUUACAUCAGGACUUAUAUUACUUGCUGCUAACUUUAUGCGAUUUUUGUAUUGGAUUUACGAGCCUUUUCUUCCAUAUUUGCUUGGUCAAUCAGUUGCCGUAUUUUCAUUGCAAUUGCUAAUGGGAAUAUGGUCAUUUAACUACUCACAAUUACCAAAAUCUCAUACUCAAACACGUUUUAGGCCUCAAAUUAGAGGUUUGAAGUCUCUAUUAGACAUUUUUAAUUUAGCUUCAGGUUUUGAAUUUGUAUCAUCAGUAAUAGUAUACGGGUUGAUAAUAACUGGCGUUUAUAUAUUAAUGUGCCUUAUUCUUACAACACAUAAAGUAAAUUCGAUUAUUAUAAUCGUUUCAAACGUUGUCGAGACCACAGUGUCAUUGCCGAUGUUCAUACUAAUUGUAUUCAAGCAUGACAUCCUUGGAAUAUCAAUAGUCCUUUUAGUUCAAUACGCAUUUGGAGAUUUACUAAAAAUUAUCAUGUUCAGCUUCAGUGGAGCUGGCUGGGCUUUCUUGUUUGGAGCCAUUUUGCAAUUCUCUAUUGAUUCUACAAAUAUUAUAGCAUUUUUCAUUCUUUCCAAAUUAGGAAAGAAAACAGAAGCUAUAGAUGAACAGAUACUUCUUCGGUCUGAUGUCGAGUUAUGA